AUGGCAAAGACUAGAAGGAACGACGCUGGGGAGGUUUACGAGGUGGAAAAAAGGCUGGACUACGGUACCAAAGGUACUCAGGUGGAGGUCUUGAGCAACCAAAUCCAUUUGUCCCAUGGAGAUGACGUUCCAGACAAAAAGGAUGAGGAAAGUGAUGGUGCUUGGUGGAAAACAGCUACGAUUUACAUUUAUCACAUCGAAUUCGUUGGGAAAGCAUCCGGAAGGGCACCUCCAUCUGGGAAUGCACCUCCACCAGCUCCUUUGUCUAAGCCAAAGAGGUAUGAGCUACUGGAGGAACUCUAUGAAGAGGAUGAAACGUUGAGAAAGUACAAGGACCGCAUCGCGUUCGAUGGCCAGGAUACGCUGUACUCUCGUGUUCCUCUUGAAGAGUUUACGUUGUUUGAUGGCUGCUGGAAGGUGGGAAAGAAGAAGAAAGCUGCGCCAGGUGCUCCGGCCAAGAAAGAAGAGGCCAGCCCCGCCGAAGGCUUGGUCACCCAGAUCACACUUCAGUUCGCCAGCAAGGUAUCAUUGAAGGACAUUUACAAAGCUACUAUGUCUGAGGAUACCGAGGAGCAGGAGAGCAAGAUGUCUGCACCUGAAAAGACCGCGUUGCUGUACUUGAUGGGUGCCAAAUUCUUGGCUUCGAAGGAUCCCAUCUUUCAGAUGCAAGGUAACAAGUUCUUCAUCUUUAACAACAAAACGAAGGCGAUUCCGUUCCAAGUGGGCGGCUAUCUGAUGUUUGGUUUCACUGUUUCUCUUGUGUUCUCGAAAGGUACCGUUCUGCUGAAUGUUAUCAACGUUUCUUUGCCAUUCUACAAGCACACUAAGUACUUGCCCGGGGAUCCAAAGUUCAAGGAGAACGACAAGACGCGCUAUACUUUGAUGGAUUGGCUGAUCGAAUGCUAUGCUAAGGUAAAUUCGAAGUCAAGCGGGGCCAAAAGCAAGCAGGCGCCAACAGGCAAAGAUUUGAACAAUUUCCUGUCUCAGAACAUGGAAGUGAAGAACCUCAUGAAGGGUUUGAAAGUCUACAGGUACUAUAUCAACUACAGUGUGGACGCUAAUGGCACUCCCAAGCCUCCAAGGAAAAUGCAGGCUAAGGGAAUUUUCGACUUGGCCCGUGAAACAGCUGACUCUUUGAAAUUCAAAGCUUUGCCAAGUUCUUUGACCAAGGAUGAGAAGCCCGUUCCUGGAGAGCAAGAAAUCACCGUUACCACCACCUCCUACUUUGCUAAGAAGUACGGUAUCAAGCUGCAGUACCCUGAUGUGAGGAUGGUUAGUCUUGGCGGCAAAAAUAUCGUACCACUUGAGUGUUUGACCAUUGUCCCUGGCCAGAAACUCAAGGGACAGAUUUACGAAGAAAAGACAAUGAUUGAUUUCACAGCUCUCAGACCUGACGAUAAAUUCAAUUUGAUCUCUAACUUAGCAUUGCCAUCGGUUGCUCGUGCCUUGAACUCCGAGGGCAACGGGAAAUCAAAGAAAUCUGCCACAAGAUAUGAGUUCUUGAAAGUGCCAUCUCGUAUUAUCGAUGCACCAACUGUCAAGUACAAGGAUACCAAUGUUGUCUAUAAAGACGCGCCUUUUGGAACGCAAGCCGCUCAGGGUAAAGGCCCUAAUGAGGAAACCAAGGGUAAAUGGAACUUGAUGAAGCACCAAUUCAUCUCUGCUUCAGCAGAUCCCUACAAAUUGAGAGCAAUUUUCAUCAACGACUCCUCAAGGGCACCUCCGCAGUCUAUUCUUGGUAAAUUGACGAAAUCUGUCGAACAAUUUGCUAAGGAUGCUGGCAGCGUCGGAGUCAACUUCGAUGUUUCCGGCCAUCCAUUGUUGAUUAAUGAUUUCAACGCUCCUGUUAAAAGAAGAGUCGACUCACCAGACGGAAGCAGAGGCAGAGGCAGAGGCAAUGGCAGAGGUAGAGGUAGAGGUAGAGGAGGUGCCGGCCGUAAUGGCUCUUCAUUUGUUUACGAGAUCACUCCUGGCGAGAAAAAAUUGGUUGAGUUAUUGAAAAGCAUACCUCCAAAGGUGUAUGUGCUAUUCGUGCUGGCUCGUGGAAACGACGCAGGAAUCUAUAACCGUUUGAAAGAGAUUGCUGAUUUGCGGUUUGGUGUAUUGAACUCAUGUGUCGUAUGGGAUUCCUUUAGCAAAAACUCUCCGCAAUAUAACACGAAUGCGGUCAUGAAGAUGAACCUGAAGCUGCAAGGUACCAACCACUCAUUAGAUGCCAAAGACAUGGAGCUUCUGACCGAUAAGGCCACCGGUUUACCUUUCCUAGUUAUUGCUGCAGAUGUUACGCAUUAUCCAGAGAAGGACCAAAAUUCUAUCGCAGCAAUGGUUGGAUCAUAUGAGAAGACGUUCUCCAAGUUCCCAGGUGACUACAUGCUGCAAGAUGAGCCGGGUGAAGAAAUCAUCUCACGCAUCGGGGAACUAGUCGCAAGCAGGCUCGACCUCUACAGGGAAAAGAACAACGGGAAGCUGCCUCCAAGAGUUCUUUUCUACCGAGACGGUGUUUCCGAGACACAGCUCUCUCAGGUAGUGAAGAUUGAGGUGAAAGGUUUGAAGCAAGCACUACGCAAGUAUAACGGUUCUGGCAAGAAGUAUGAUCCUCCUGUGACCUGCGUAGUCGUGGCAAAGCGCAACAUGGUCAGAUUCAAACCUCUGCACAAGAAUGCUAAGAACGCUGCGGGCGAGGAGGUGGCUGUCCAAUCAAUGGGAAAUGUUAUGCCCGGUACAGUCGUGGACCGAGAAAUCACUUCGCCAGCUCACUUCGACUUCUUCUUGCAGUCGCAGCAGGUGUUGGCCGGUACCGGUGUCCCAUGCCACUACUGGUGUGUCUACAACGAAAAUCACUUCGACUCCGAUUAUUUGCAGGCCGUCUCGCACGCCCUGUGCUACAUUUUCGGCAGGUCAUCUACCAGCGUUAAGGUCGUGGCACCAGUCUACUACGCUGAUUUGCUAUGUACGCGUGCCUCCCAGUUCUUCAAGGCAAACUUUGCGAUGGUCAACGCCGAGUUCCAAAAGCAGAAGAAGAACAAAGAGGACGUGAUUACGGCUUACAAAUUGCUUCCCCCAAUCGGCAAGAAUGUCAAGAGUCUGAUGUACUACAUCUGA